AUGCCGCAAGCCCCGACUCCAAUAAUGCCAGUCCCGACUAAACCUAAAUUAACUUUCUCCAUCGAGUCGCUAGUGGGAAAAGACUCUAACGAGGGUCGUGCAGAAAACAGAACCUUCCCAGCACAACAAACCAAUACUCGGACAUCAAUCUCGGAAUCUGCGCCAACUUAUCCCGCAACGUUCCCUCCAGCCCGGCCCGUUACCGUCUGUCUAGGACAAGGAGAACCGAUCUCACCAUACAUCUACUCCUCGGUGUCACCCGCCUAUCCUCCGGUGUCUCCGUUCUUCGUCGGCCGAGAGUCCCAGUAUCAGGUGUACCCAUGGUUACUGGCGGCGAGACAGCAAAGAUUUCUUCCCCCAAGGCUGGGAG